AUGUUACGACGUGGCUGUAACAAAUAUACAACACCGAGUGGGGUUUGCAAUUAUAUUGACUCCAUUGUUAAGAUUUAUGACGAUCUAGAGGCCAAAAUGAAACCACGAAGUACUUGUACUAACACUUUCAUGCUUGUCCACAACCGAAGACCAUGUUUCGAAUCACAAUCACCAUUACUUUUCAAUACUAAAACUGAUCUUUGCGACGAUUGUGUUGCUGCCGUUUCUUCAAUACGGGAGAGCGCUCUUGGAGCUCAAUCAGAUCAUAUUCCCAAGUUACGAAGUGCCUGUGAUCAGUACACGACACCAGGAGGUGUUUGCACUCAUUACAUUGACUCCGUUAAUAAUAUUUACAACGAUAUAAUUGGUGGUAUUGGUUUCCCACGAAAUACCUGUAAGAACUUCCGUGCUUGUCCACUACCGGUGACCAGUAAACUUAACGUUGUAAGAUCAGCAAUUAAUAAAGACGAACCGGAUUGUUUCCUAUGUAAACAAGUGCUAAAACUUGUAUACAAAGUGAUCAAGAAUCAGCCUAAUGCUGAUAUCAAAUCUGCUCUGGACAAAGUUUGCGAUACCAAGUUACCUAAAUCGAAUCGUAAAAUUUGUUACAAGUACGUUGACACUUAUACCAGUUACUUGACCGAGUUGAUCCAAACCAACACUAGUGUCGAUGUGGCCUGUCACAAAAUCGGUGUGUGUGAACACGAGGAAAAUCUGACCAGUCGGCUGACUCAACUGAACCUGACUGACCCUACAAUUUUGUCGUCCGUCGACUGUGACAGUUGUAAGAAAUCAGUGGCCGGAGUCUCUGAUAUGGUCAAAAGCUACGCAACCUCGUUAAGUGAAACUUUAAAAAAUACUUGUUCUAAAUAUCAAAGUUAUUUGUUCUGUAUCAGGUUUAUGAGAAAUCUAUUUGAUUCUGAUAUUUCUGAAUUAAUUUCCAAAACAAGUUCAGCUUAUUUGUGUACAAAAAUCUUCGGGCUAUGUGACCUUUAA